GAGUGGGAGUCAGCCGCUUGGCGCGCGAGGAGAGGGCGACUCCGGACUUCAUUUCCCAGGCGGCCACGCGCGCGACCGGAAGUGCCAUGAGCCUAUAAACGGUCCUAGUGGCCCCGCCAGUCAGUUCCAGGGCCGAGGUGCCCGGUGCGUGCGGGUCUCGCGACCGGUCUGUCUCAAUUCACCUGGGACCCUCGAGAACGGCCCCCGGGUGGCAGAGGCGGGUCUCGGAGGCCCCAAACUCGGCUGCAUCCCACUGUGGUUCGGGAAGAGCUGCGGACGUCCGUCUGAGAAUGGGUCCCCGCGAAGCGAGGGCGGAACCGGAGACCCCGCGGCGGAGCUGAGGGACCGCUCUGGGCUCCCGGUUGAGGAGGAAGCUGAUGGCAUGAUUGUCGCCUUCCAGCCUCAGGGAAGCUUGUUUCUCUCCCCAGACCUCGGGUGACCCUUGGUCAGAGAUGAUCGCCAGCUUGGGUCACGUGUGAGAGCGCUGUCUGUUCUGGUUAGGUGGACACCUGGCUGGAGAGAGCUGGCCUGGCACAGUCAGGGCCACUGAGAGGGCUGGGCAGGCACGAGGGCCGUGAGCUUGAGGUUUCUGUUGUUUAAAUAUUUUUAUUGAUUUAAGAGAGAGAGGGGGAGAGAGAGGAACAUCGAUGAGAGAGAGUCAUCAAUCGGCUGCCUCCUGCACACCUCCUACUGGGGAUUGAGCCCACAGCCUGGGCAUGUGCCCUUGACCGGAAUCGAACCCGGGACCCUUCAGUCCACAGGCCGAUGCUCUAUCCACUGAGCCAAACCAGCUAGGGUUGAGCUUCAGGUUUUUUGCUGGUAGGUUUUUUCUUAGUGACAACACUGAGAAAAGUGGAAUACUUCACUUUCACUUCACUUUUACAUACGUUUUCUCACGCCCUCUGACAACCUGUGGUCAAGGAAGAAACGGGCCCGAAGCCACACGGGUGCGGGUUUGAGGCUCCCUGCUCAGCGCUGGGUCUCGGUGCCAGCUGCUUCAUCCCGAGCCUCCGCGUCCCGGUCUGUCCAACGGGAGGCGCCGCUCACAGGGCUUCCAGAGGAGUCCGGCGUCAUGUGCGCAAGCUCCCGUGUGGUCUGCUCGGAGCUGCCUCAUGGAGUUCUGUCCUCACGGCUGUGCCUCUCUUCCAGCUGAGAAGACCGAGUCCUGCAAGGGGGGCGAGGGCUGCUGGGGUGCCCUGCCUCCCAGGCCACCGCUCCGCAGCCGCCCGGGUCUGAGGAGCUGGUCGCAAUGGCCGAGGGGCGGUUUUACCUGGCGGUCCUGGCGCUGUCGUCCCUGGGCGCCGUGUGCGUCCUCUUCACCAUCUACUGGAUGUGGAGCUGGCACGGCGGCUUCGCCUGGGAUGGCAGCACCCUCACGUUCAACUGUCACCCGGUGCUCAUGGUGGCCGGCAUGGUGGUGGUCUACAGCGCUGCGUCGCUGGUGUACCGCCUGCCCCAGUCCUGGGUGGGGCCCAAGCUGCCCUGGAAAAUCGCCCACGCGUCCCUGCACCUGCUGGCCUUCCUGCUGACGGUGCUGGGGCUGGUGGCCGUCUUCAGAUACCACAACAGUAAGGGCAUCGCCAACCUCUACUCCCUGCACAGCUGGCUGGGCAUCACCACCGUGUUCUUCUUCGCCUGCCAGUGGCUCCUGGGCUUUGCCGUCUUCCUGCUGCCCUGGGCGUCCCUGCGGCUGCGCGGCCUCCUCAAGCCCGUCCACGUCUUCUUUGGCGCCUCCAUCCUCGCUCUGGCCUUGGCGUCCGUCAUUUCCGGCAUCAAUGAGAAGCUGUUCUUCAGCCUGAAGAACGCCACCAGGCCGUACUCCAGCCUGCCCGGCGAGGCGGUCUUUGCCAACAGCACCGGGAUGCUGGUGGUGGCCUUCGGGCUGCUGGUGCUCUACCUCCUGCAGGCCUCGUCCUGGAAGCGCCCGGAGGUGGAGGUCACGACCGAAGGACAGCCCCUGUUGCGUGAAAGGGAGUGAAGCGAGAAGGGACGCAGGAGCGGUCGGGGUGCGUCUGGACUCCCUCCGAACCUCUGCUGCCCCCGGGGCCCCCGCGGUUUGCCCAGAGCCCCCACCUCAUGCUGCCUACGUCUCUUGGUGCUGUGGCUUCUGCACGCCUUCCUGGCAUCGGCUUCUGAGGUCCCCCCUUUACCCCGGCCCCCCUGCCCUGGCCGCUCACACGCCUGCUCCCCAGCUGAGCCGACUCCCUAGACCCUCGGGAGGUGGUGGGAAGUCCCAGCAGCUCAGGUGGCCCGACUCAAGCGCAUCUGUCACGUGAACGAGGGGGUGGCCUGCCUGUCCGCUCUCCCGUGGAACGUGCGCAUGUCAUUUAGGCGCCCGCCAUGGCUGGCCCCUGGACUUGAGGCUGGGCGGGAGCAUCGGGUGCUGGGAGGGAGGGGAUGGCAGAGCAGCUCUGCAGGGUAACUGAGGCGCUGCCUGCUCCUGUCUCGAGUCCACUGUGACCGUGUGGCUCCCUCACUUCCCGGUGCUGCUGCGGCUGGCCCUGGAUCCCGGCCUGUCCCGUUCAGGCAGCCCAAGGAGCCUGGGAACCUGUGGCCCCCCAGCUGUCCCAGCGGGAGGGCUGGCAGGGGUGCCUUCCUCUCCUUCGCCAGGUUGGGGCCACCACGACACGACCAGCGUUGGGUGCUUUGUCCCAGCAGAGCCGAGGACCACGGCCACCUUCGCCGGUGUUCUCUGCUGAGCACGAGCGCCUCGCUGCCCCCCACAGUGGCUGCUCGCAGGCCACAGCCCGCCUCGUGCCUCGUGCCAGCGGAGCUUCUUCAGAGAAAUGGGGAGGGGACCUGGCUCCCCAAAGAGUCCUGCUGGGUCCCGGUGCCACGCUGCUGUGCACAGAAGACCAGCAGCAUGACGCCGGGGGCCGGGGUGUGCUUCCUCUCUGGCCCGUGGCGAUGAGGCCGACUGGCCACCCGACCCCACGAGCCAGAUGCCAGCCGGACUCCGCCGGAACCUCUGGUGGCCGAAGGCUCCAAAGCCACUGCGAUGACUGCCAGGCAGCUUGGUCACAUGACCCCCCCUUACCACACAGGCAGGCAUUUCACCUGUUUAUAAAGCCUGGUUUUCAAUAAAUAUGUUUUUAAGG